CGCACAGCUCCUGUCGCCGUCGCGGCUUCCGGUGCUAGGUGGAGGGAGGGCAGGAGGGAGUCGCGGAGCGGGCCAGCGGACCAGCUUCGCCGCGGUCGGCUUGCGGAGCGGGAGGCAGCGGCCGGAGAGCCAGGCGGAACCUGCGGGGGCGGAGGCGGCGGUGGCAGCCCGGGCGCAGGGAGCAGGAACAGGAUCCAGCCCUCCAUACCAGGGACCAGGGUAAAACCAGAUUACCACUGCCCCUACCUAGGCCCCAUUGACUUACAGCAGCCACUGAAACCAUGGGGAAUAUCUUUGGGAACCUUCUGAAGAGCCUAAUCGGGAAGAAGGAGAUGCGCAUCUUGAUGGUGGGCCUGGAUGCUGCAGGAAAGACCACCAUCCUGUAUAAGCUGAAACUCGGAGAGAUUGUCACCACCAUCCCUACCAUUGGGUUUAAUGUGGAGACAGUGGAAUAUAAGAAUAUCAGCUUCACAGUAUGGGACGUAGGUGGCCAGGACAAGAUUCGGCCCCUCUGGAGACACUACUUCCAGAACACCCAAGGCUUGAUAUUUGUGGUUGACAGCAAUGACCGGGAGCGAGUGAAUGAGGCCCGGGAAGAGCUGAUGAGGAUGCUGGCAGAGGAUGAGCUCCGGGACGCUGUGCUCCUUGUGUUUGCAAACAAACAGGAUUUGCCGAACGCUAUGAAUGCUGCUGAGAUCACAGACAAGCUGGGGCUGCACUCUCUGCGUCACCGCAAUUGGUACAUUCAGGCCACCUGUGCCACCAGCGGGGACGGGCUGUAUGAAGGCUUGGACUGGCUGGCCAAUCAGCUCAAAAACAAGAAGUGAGAGCCAGGCAGCCCUCUCUGACUACCCCACCCACUCCUGACACAUACCUGUUGUCUCCUUACCCCAGUUUCCCCUUUCUUCCUCUUGAAAGUGUGGCCGAGGUCCUGGGUAUCAUGUCCAUAUGCCCAGCAAGCGCCUGGCCUCCGUGCCUCCCUCCUCCUCCCCUGUGCACUGACAUGGUCAGCCCCCAACUGCUGUCCUGAUGAUGAAUCAUUCCAAUUGACUGGAUUUAAAACAGAAUGAAGCUGUUAUGGUUUCGUGGGGUGGUCCCCCUUGGUUUCAGGAGGAAGAGUGGGAUGUUCUCUUUGUUUGCUGUUUGGCACUGGUUGCUGUGCUCUUGGCAUCUGAGUCCCUUCCCUGUGUUCCUGGCCACUCUCCUUCCUGUCUUCCUUUUCUUCUACACUCUCCUAUUCUACAUGGACAUCGCACGGGCUCUGUGUGUGCGUGCAUGUGUGCGCCUGUACAUACGUGUAUAGAGAGAUAUAUAUGUGGGGUCAGGGAAGGGAGCAGAGUGCAGCUCAGGGCUUGCAGCCAGGACACUGCGCACUGGAACCUGUCCUGCCCUUCUGUGUUGGUGAGAUAAGGGGAUGUGGGUGGAUGCCAUUGCUUUCCUCUCUGCAGGUGGCACUUCUGGAUGUUAGGAUAGAUGGGCUCCUACAGCCGUCUGUCUGUCUCAUCUUUUCUUUUCCACCAUUAUGAGCACAUGAAAUGGCAUUGAUCUCUGUGACUGUUCCUAAGGAGAUGCCAUUCUGCUCUGCCUCAUGAGUAGGAAGGAAAGGAACCCACUACGUUACCGUCUAGAGUACUGUAUUGACCCUCCGUCACCAUCCUCAGAUCUGUUCCAGGAACUCAGAGGGAGGUGGGUUAGUGGGACCUGCAUGCUGAGGGCUGGGCAGUGCUCUGGGAAGGCCUAGAUUUCCAUCUUGCCCUUAGGAGGGGAAGGUAAGGCAUGGAGCAGUCCUGUUCCUGCCUUGUGGUCUGGUGGCUGGGUGGUUCUGUCUGUCAGAUUUUUUUCCCUUAAUAGUUCUGCUGGCCUGAUGAGGACUGACCAGGUGGAGUAAUGAGGAGCCAUGGACUGGGACUACCAUAGCCAACCUCAGCCUCAACCCCGCUCUUCAGUUUGCUGUCUAGGUCAGGACCAGGAAAGAUGAGUUUCUGUUGUUCUCGAUGUCCUGUCCCCCCAACUUCCUGGCAGCUUUCCCCAGUCCUCACGCUGUCCCUGAAUAGGUCUGUGGGGUUGGAGGAGAUGCUAUAGGACCCUGUGCGGCUGAGGCUGCAACUGUGAUCUUCAGGGCCCUCCCGCCAUCGUUCUCUGCUUGUUCAGCUGCUGCGGCAGGUCUGUAGAGGGCGCCUGUUCCAGAAGCUCUGACCCUGUCACUGCACUGAAGCUGUGGCUGUUCUGUGGGCUCCUGUGUGUGCUGGCUGCGCCCUGAGCUCCAGAACAGCUGCCCAUAACCUCUCUGCUAAGGUCAGGACCCUGGGCUCCGCAGCAUGGCCGAGGGACCCUUCCCAGAGGGCUGUUCUGAGCUCCACUCUGUGGCCAGGUUUCCUGCCACCUUUGUCUAUAGCAGGCUGAUAGGUUCCCCAGCCUCUCGUCAGCUGAGCUGUGUGAGGUUCUAGGAUGUCUCUCAGUGCAGGUAGUGCUGGAAUACCCCAGACACCACAUGGGUGUGUGCUCUAGACCUGGUAGGUGUGUGUGUGUGUGCGUGUGUGAUCUCUACAUGGGGGUGCCAGGGGUUCUGUUUCGUUUCAAAUGGUUCCUUCCAUUCCCUGUGCUCCUCUCUUUACUGUUCCUGUGUUUCCCCUCCGUCACCCUCACUCUCUCUGCCGUUUGCGUCCCCCCUCUGUUGCUGCUGUGAGCGCCUGUUUGCCUUCUCGGUUCACUCACCACUUUGCCUGUUUGGUUUGUUUUUGGUUUUGUCUUCUAUUUGAUUUUCUACUCUAUCUUUGCUUUGAGAUUGGUGAGGACUUUGCCUCUUUCUCUGCCGCGCUUUCUGACCUUCCCACUUAGAUGCUAGUUCCAGAUAGGUUUGGUCUGUUGCAGACUUCAUUCCACUCCUGCAUCCCUUACCACAGCUUCUUCUUUCUCUCCACCUCCUGGGACCAACCUGAGGCUGAGCAGGCUAAAGCAGCCUUGAAUGGUGCCUUGGUGCAUGCUGCUCCAGACAUGUCCAGCAGGGGGCAGUAACAUCCUUGGCUUUGUGGGGAGGUGGGGGUGCUUUCUACAUUCCCUAAUCCAUCUUUAGGGGUUGGGUGUUUCACCCCAUUACUGUGAACUCCCUCUCUUGCUUUUCUCAAGUUGGUUUAGUUUUUGAUCUUGUUCUACUUUUCUUUCAGGGGAAUCCCCCUUCCCUCCACCUCCAAAAUUUGUGGUGUUACAGUGGUAUCUGCAGUUCUAAAGUGGGUUUUUUCUUUGCUUUCUCUGGAAUGUAGACUGUACGUGUUUAAUAACUUGCCUUCUCUAUCCUUGCUCAAAAAUGUGGGAUAAUGCAAUGACUGUGCCCUGGUUGGAAAUUAAACUUGUUUUACGCA